AAAACAGUAAUUACUAACAUCUACAAUUUUAAAUAGACGGAUUGAUCCGAGACAAACCUUAUGGUAUUAAUUCUAUUUCUUCCGAAUGAGGGUUGGUCAUUAUUGUACAUAUUCAUAUAAAAUAUCAAUUCUCAUUAUUACUAAUAAGUCUAUCUCGCAAGCAUUUCUCACAGAAAAUAGCACAGCAGCAUAUAAAUACAGCUAUUGACAAUACCAAUUCGAUGUUUAUAAAUGAACUGUGAAAGAUUGAUACAUUGCUUUACAUAUCGCAUUAUUACAAUUACGAGUUCCUUUAUUGCCAGCAAUGGAUUUCGCACUAUAUGACACGAUUGCGACGGAGAACGAUAUCUGCCACAGCGCGACUCACGCGACAUAAGGUCGUUCAUUCCUUUUCUCGACACUCAGCAUCUGCCAGUUGAAAUUGCUUAUACAUUUCGUUUAUUACGUUCCGUGAAAAUUGAUAUAAAGAGUAACAAACGGUUGUGAUGGAAAACGCGGUUUCCGAUCGGAACAACGAGGUGACGCUAUUAAAUAACCUCAAAAAUGGUGAUAAUUCAGAUGUGAAUACGACAAGUUUAAAAGUGGCGGCUAAAGUGAAAAAAGCUAGGAGUUUUAUGGAGUUAUCCGUUAGCACUUCGCACUCUGUUAAAUCUUUGGGCCGGAAUGAUAGGCGUGUGUUGGUUAUUUAUACUGGUGGAACGAUAGGCAUGGUGAAGAAUAAGGAAGGAGUUUUAAUACCACAGAAGGGAGCUUUCGAGAAUCUAAUCAGAGGGUAUCCGCAACUGCACGACAAUGUAUACUGGAGACACAGAUUGAGUGACGCUGAUUUUGAAACAUCGUUUUUAGUAUUACCAGAGGCGAAAGAGAUCGAUUUAAGGAUAUGUUACAAAAUCAUAGAGUACGAAACUCUCUUGGACUCUUCUAACAUGACUGAGGUGGAAUGGAUCCGUAUAGCGGAAGAUAUUAUGAAAUACUAUGGCGAGUAUGAUGGGUUCGUGGUUCUACAUGGUACAGACACAUUGUCCUAUACUGCUUCUGCGCUGUCAUUCAUGUUCGAGAACAUUGGGAAAUGUAUCGUCCUAACUGGAUCUCAGAUACCAAUAUUUGAGCCCCGGAGUGACGGGGCGGAUAACUUCGUAUCGUCGCUAUUGAUUGCCGGUGGAUUGAAUAUACCUGAAGUGACGGUGUUCUUCAGCAGCAAGUUGUUCCGGGGCAAUAGGACCCGCAAAGUAUCGGUGAAUAACUUAUAUGCGUUCGACUCGCCAAACUGCGUGCCCCUAGUGGAAGUGGGGAUCGACUUCGAGGUGAACAAGAAAGCGAUAUUCAAGCCGAGCACCAUAGAGAAGUGCCACUUGCACGCAAAAAUGUCCAAAAACGUUGGUCUACUGAGGAUAUUCCCUAGUAUCAGCUCCUCGGUUAUAAGAGCUUUCUGUCAGCCGCCUAUUGAGGGUGUGGUUCUGGAAAGCUACGGUUCGGGUAACAUACCGUCGAACCGUGAUGUGUUGGAGGAAAUAGUCGCGGCGGUGAAGCGCGGCGUUAUUGUAGUCAACAUAACACAGUGUAACCGCGGCGCUGUCGCUUCGCCGAUAUACGAGAGCGGACGGUUGCUCUCAGAGUGCGGUGUUGUAUCAGGCUUCGACAUGACUCCGGAGGCGGCGCUGACCAAACUCUCCUAUGUGCUGUCCAAAACUGAACUGAGUUAUCAAGAAAAGGUUGAGAUGAUGAUGACUAAUAUAAGAGGAGAAUUAACUAAUACCUCGUCGAUAUCCAUAGAGGAUAAUACACUGAUAGACGCACUGGCAUCGAGUCUUAACAUCCAGUCCCCAAAAGUGCUGAUAGAAAUUACGGAGAAAGUCUUCAGCGCUUUAUUGUUGUAUGCAAUUGAACACGAUGACGCUAGAGCUGUGAAGAAAAUGCUUGAUAUGGGAGCGGAUGUGAACGCACAGAACUCGGAAGGUCGAACUGUCCUCCACGAAGCUAUUAUAAAAGGAAACCUCUCCAUCAUCGAAUAUUUGCUGAAGAAUGGCGCGAAUGUUCAUUUAAAAACCCGCUGCGGCGUGUCCCCCCUCCUGACCGCGAUCCAGCACGACAACCACGCGGCCAUCCAGCUGCUGCUGCAGUGUGGGGCGCAGCUGGGCCACACGCCGGUGCGCGAGCUGGUGUCGCUGGCGGCGCGCUCGGGGCUCGCGCCUCGCCUGCGGACCCUCCGCCUGGCGGGAGUGGACCUGGACACCAGGGACGAGCUGGGGCAUACGGCCCUGCAUGAGGCGGUCCUAUGCAACCAUCCAGACACAGUGCGGUAUUUACUGGACAAUGGGGCAAAUAAGGAUAUAAGGGAUGUCCUAGGGUUCACCCCCUUGGACUGUGCUGAGAAACUCAACUCUAAAGUUAUUAUAUCUAUGUUAAAAUGAAAUAUUUCAAUGUAUUGAAUUAGUACAAACAAUUUCAUGAAAAUUGCUUAGAGGUUUGAUUACAAAAAGUGAUAAAAGAAGUCAUUUAGAGAUUUAUAUUUAUUUAUAUAGAAAAUAGCAAGAGAUAAUGGGUAUGGAAAUCAUCAUCAUCAUCAUCAUCACCAUUACCAUCACCAUCACCACCACCAUCACCAUCAUCAUUAUCAUUGUCAUUAUCGUC